AGUCUGAAAUUCAGUUGUUUUUGACAAGAACAGAAAAAAUGGAGCGGCAGAAGGAGCAAAAACAAGGACCGCAAAUGGGGAUUGGUUUGGAGACCUUACCCAGCUGCGUAUUGAUCAGCGCUAUCUUCCCCAAGCUGGAACUGGAAACCCUGUGCUCUCUCGCUUGCGUCAGCAGAGCAAUGAACUCCUCAGUCUCUCAAGCCCUUUCUUCACUCUCCUCCCUCAAUCUCUCCGCGUUUUCUGCGAAUGCGCAGAUUUUGAGUAGCAUUGUUGGUGGGUGCAGAGGCCUUAAUAGCCUCACCCUCAAUUGCCUGCGCCUAGACGACUCGUCGUUGGCGAUUUUUCUGGGUGCACAUAUCCAAGAACUGAACUUGCUGUGCUGCUCCUUGAUGUCGUAUCAAGUCCUUGCUUCCAUUGGAGAGGCUUGCCCCAAUCUCAGGGUGCUUGUGCUAGAAUUGGUAGACCAGGAAUCACCUGAAGCUUUUAAGAUCAACCUGGACAGAAUGCUUAAUGGUUGUUUAUGCUUGGAGUCUUUAUCUAUAAAGAUUCGAUGGAGAGGUGUAGGUGCAAAUCCUUUUCAGCCAUUUCGAUUCUUCCUGCCUAAAACUCUCAAAAGCAUCAAGUUGCAGCCAGUGCUUGAGGAAGACGUAAUCCAUUUCACUAGUUUGAAUGAUGCAUUUAGGAACUAUUUGCCAACAGCUAAUGUCAGCACCCCUGUUUCUAAAUCCUCAUUUGCAUUCGCAUUGCAGCGCUUGUCGCUUGUCUUAGAUGUUAUAUCAGAUCAGCUAAUUGUCGCCAUUGGGAUUUGUGACAAUUUGGUAGAGCUGGAUCUUGAAGAUAGACCAAUUCAGGAACCAUUGCCAAACCAUGACUUAACCAGCGUGGGGCUUAUGAGUCUGGCCUCUAAUUUUCGUUUGAAGGGAUUGUCUCUUGGAAGAAGUAGACAGAACUGCCAAGUCUCGUUUAAGGGAGUGGAUGAUAUGGGCAUGUUUGUUUUUUCUAAGUACUGCACGACUCUAGAGUCGGUGAGACUUUUUGGUUUCUCCAGAGUUAGUGACGCAGGCUAUGCAUCGGUCCUACAAUCGUGUCAGAAUUUGAAGAAAUUCGAAGUGCGUAAUGCCUUCCUUAUGUCAGACUUGGCCUUUGUUGACCUUACUCGGUUCUCAUGUUCUCUUGUUGAGGUGAAAUUGUUGUCAUGCUGUCUUAUAACUUGUGAAACGGUAAAUCAGCUCACCAGUUCUGGGGUCCUGGAUGUGCUUGAUCUGUAUGGCUGUAGGAGCAUAGCAGACUCCUGCCUCAUCUCCAUUGCAUCGCUUCAUAGCUUAACCAUGCUGAAUCUUUCAGGAGCUGAUAUUUCUGAUUACGGCUUAUCUGUUCUUGGGACAGGGAAUCCACCCAUCACACAUUUGUGUCUUAGAAACUGUAAGGCUGUGACUGAUGAAGGAGUUUUACUUUUGUUUCUUGGAGGAGGCACAAUUGGCAAAACACUGUCAUCCCUCGAUUUAGGACACAUACCAGGAAUAUCUGAUAAAGCAGUUCUCACAAUUGCUGUGGCCGGUACAGAGAUUACUGAGUUGUGUCUCAGUUAUUGCUCCUCUAUGACUAAUUCGUCCCUAGAAGCUUUGGCUACAAGGAAACAGUAUCGAGAUGAUUGUAAACUACUUCGGAGGCUUGAUAUUUUCAAUUGCAAGGGUUUGUCUGCUGACUCAAUUAGGUUGCUGAAGAGGCCUUUCUUCCCCGGACUGCACUGGCUUGGUAUUGGGAAUACUCGUUUGAAUAGUAAAGGAUGUCCAGCUCUCAGUGAAAUUGGUUACGAAAGACCAUGGCUGACGAUAUGUUUGGAUGGCUGUGAAAUGGGUUGUCAUGAUGGAUGGCAAUUCCAUAGAGUUCCAUAGAGCUUGAUAUCCUCCAUGAAAGACUGUCCUAGCAUGUAAAAUUGUGGUAUUUGCCAUCAUUUCCAUUACCCUUUAGCACAUAUAGUAUUCUCCUA